CCCCGCCCUGUCACUCAGACGCAGACAGAUUUACCUCUUCGUUCUCUUUCAUUUGAUCGUCUGUGUAGCAAAGGAUACAAAAUCAGCUUGACUUGGAUAAACUUCAUCUUGACGCGCUUCUGCUGACCCUCGACAUUGUCUGGAUGCGAAGGAUAAUGUCUUCAAUGGGAAUAGGUUGUAAAGCUGUUUGCAGGGAAAGCUUCUCUCAAUGACUGAGGCCAGCAACAGCUCAAGACCUCUAGCUGCGUACACGAAAGAUCUAAGGGGGACUGCAAGAGAGGCGUAAGGAGGCGUCGUAAUUGAUUGUGAAGUGGAGUUUGGGAAGAGCUGGAAAAGGAGAAGCAGGUGACUGAAGGAGGAAGACGAGGAGAGGAACGACCAUGGGGCGCUCGUCCGUUUGGAUCUUUCUGCUGUGCUUUUCACUCUUUCACCAAAGGGCUGCGGCACAAGCUGAAGCUUGCAGGACGGCGGUGCAGGCCGACAUCGUGUUCCUGGUGGAUGAGUCGUGGAGUGUGGGUCAGACGGGCUUUUUCAGAGUCAAAGACUUCAUCUCGGCCAUCAUGUCCUCCUUUCAGGACGACGCGGUGGGAGCGGAGGGAGUUCGCUUUGGAGUCACUCUCUUCGCGGACGUUCCGAGGAUGCUGGUAGCUUUGACAGACUACAGUUCGCUUGAGGAGGUGCUCAGGACUGUUGGGAACCUCCCCUACGGCGGAGGAUCCAGGAGGACAGGCAGUGCCCUCCAGUUUCUGGUGGAUUCUGCGUUCAGCCCUGCUAUCAGCCGAGAUUUUACCCCCAAGAUUGCUGUCUUGAUCACAAGCGGCAGCUCUGAGGACCCGGUGGAUCCUGGAGCUAGAGCCGUUGCAGACAGUGGGAUCACACUCUUUGCAGUGGGUGUAAGAGGAGCUGAUGCGUCAGAGCUGAGAAGGAUUGUGUCUGAGCCCUUUGAGGAGCAUCUCUUGCAAUGUGCCGAUUUCCCUCUCCUGGUAACUCUCCUUCCCAAACUGUCCCGGAGAUUAUGUUUCAGCGCUUCUGAACCGCCACGACCCGUAAAGACCACCCAGCCAGUUAAAGAGCAUGUGGUGGGUCCCAGAGACCUGCAGGUGAGUGAGUUGGCUCACAGCUCCCUCAGGCUUACAUGGAGCCAGGCUACAGGGGAUGUCACUGGAUAUCGUCUCCUGAUCACACCUCUCAGCUCCAAGGGACAACUGCUCCUCCACCAGCAGAGGCAGCUGGAUUUGAAGGCAGAUGUGAACACCGCCAUCGUGACGGAGCUCGGCCCAAAGAAGGAGUAUUCCCUCACCCUCUAUGCCAUCUACCCAAACCUCAUUGGCAAUUCUGAAACAGUCACAGUGAAAACAACUUCGUUGCCCAAAGUGGCAAACUUCCGCGUCAUCGAGGAGGGUCUGUUCUCUCUACGCCUGGGUUGGACGGCUCCCCUGGGAAAGCUCAAUGGUUUUAAGAUCUUUAUACCGAGGUCCAACAGACCCGGAUUAACAUACGAGCAGCUGCUUCCUGGAGACGUCUCUUCUCACGUGAUUGACAGCCUGGAGGAAGAUAAGAAGUACACCAUCAGUAUCUACGCCGUUUACCCCGAGGGACCGAGUGAACCGGUGUCAUUAGUGGGAAAAACAUUGAAAUUGGUACCGGUUAAGCAGUUCCUGGUCCAGAAUGCCACUACAGACACCGUCCAAGCCAGGUGGGCAUCAGUCAAGGGGGCAACGGGAUACCGUCUGACGUGGGCAUCUCCAGAUGGCCAUAUAGAGAACAUCAACCUUGGCGAUACCUUCAACUUCUACAUGAUCCAGGGCCUGCACGCUGGCUCUGAGUACACGGUCACCAUCAACCCCAUCUUUGGAGACAUCGAGGGGCCCGUCAUCACCAGCAAAGUCAAAACAUUGGAAAGCAGUGCUGUUCAGACUCUGAAGGUCUCCGCUGUAAGCACCAGCUCAGCUGUUGUGUCGUGGAACAGCGUCCCAGGGGCCACAGGGUACAGGCUGGCAUGGGGUCCCACCCCAGAAUUUGCUGGACGAGAUCGCCCAAGGCAGUUGGCUUUGAACAGCAGCACCACAGAAUACAAGCUGAAGAACGUAGCCCACGAUACAGAAUACGUCCUGACGCUGUACGUGCUGUUUGGGUCUGUCGUCGGGCCGGGCAUCUCUGCGACCUUUAGAACUUCUCCUUUAGGUUAUGUGUCCAACCUCAAGGUGACGUCCUACACGAGUACCUCUAUAGCUGUGGAGUGGAGUCCCAUUGUUGGAGCCACAGAGUACAAACUUUCUUGGUAUACUGGCGAUAGCAAACCACAGUUCCAGUAUCUGGACCGAAGUGUCCUGUCCCACCAGAUUGAGGAUCUCAACCCACAGUCCACUUACAUUAUUACCAUCUGUGCAGUGUACGGCAACUCGGAGGGACCAGAUAUCUCCUUGUCUCAGCUUACAUCUGCGGCGUCGGAGUCGGAGCCAAUCCAGCCAGUGAGGGAGCUAAAAGUCGUGGACAUUGGGGUAAAUUCCUUCACCCUGUCCUGGAAGAAAACACCCGGAGUUUCAGGAUACAAAAUUUCCUGGAUCCCCUUUCUUGGGGGUAAUGAGAAGUCCCACGUGGUACCCGCUGCUUCCGCCACCUUCACCGUGGACAAACUUCGCGAGAGCUCGGCUUAUAAGAUCCAGGUUGCCCCAGUAGUUGGUAGCAGGGAGGGAAGCCCGGUCCUGGUCACAGCGCGAACUCUGGAUCUCCCAAAGGUGGAGGGGUUUGCUGCCCUGAACACAACCGAGAGCAGCACCGUUCUGAACUGGACACGCGUAGCAGGGGUCUCUGGGUAUCUUCUCUCUUGGAGGCACAUUUCAGUGUUGGAGACAAAAACAGAAACCCUGGGCCCUGCCUUCUCAUCCUAUAAGAUCAGUGACCUGCAGUAUGGCAGAACGUACAUUUUCUCCAUCAGACCUUUGUAUGGAGAGGUGGAGGGACCAAUAAGCACCGUGUAUCACAGAAUAUUAGGGCAGAAUGAUCCUGUGAAACCAGACCAGUCUGUUCCAGCCACUGUGGCCCCGACCUCCCCUCGGGUCACAGCUGGCCCCCACGCUGUCUUCACCGUCAAAGCAACCAUUGCUCAACCAACCGCCAGGACCCCUGAAUCCCCCACCGCUGCCCCGCCAACCAAAUCGCCUGAAAGGCCUCCAGCCCGGCCCAGCGUCACUGAAGCCAAGGCGGCUGCAGUCCCAUCCCUGAGACUAACCACGGCUACCGCAAAGCCGACAGCCCCACCGCAGCCAGUGUGUGGGAAGAGCAAAGCCGACAUAGUCUUCUUGGUGGAUGAGUCCUCGAGCAUCGGCGUUAACAACUUUGCCAAGAUGAAAGACUUCAUGUUCCGAGUGGCCACUUACUUCCCCGUCGUCGGCUCACACGGCACGCAGGUAGCCGUGGUUCACUACAGCGAUGAGCCUCGCAUUGAGUUCAAUCUAAGCGACUUCAAAGACAGAAACUCGGUGCUCAGGGCUAUCAGAGGGCUGCGCUAUCAAGGUGGCAACACCAGAACAGGAAAAGGUAUCAGCUAUGUUCUGCAGGAGCUGUUCAAGGAGUCUUUGGGGAUGAGACCAGAUGUGUCCCACGUUCUGGUUCUGAUCACAGAUGGCCGGGCCCAGGAUGAUGUGACGCCACCUUCCAGGAUUGCACGGGCUUUAGGGGUUAGCAUAUUAGCAGUCGGAGUUGCUAACGCAGACAUGGAGGAGCUCAAAAAGAUUGCUGCUCCCAGCAGCUACACCAAUAUCUUCUACUCGCCGACCUUUGAUGACUUCCCCUCCAUAGAGAGAGAAUUUAUCCAAAGCAUCUGCAGCGAGGCGCUUCUCUCUGAAUUCAAACUACAGGAUGAGUUCGCUCAGUUAGACACUCCGACCGAAGACCCAGAGGAGAUGAAUAAGCCUUCAGGUCCCUGCGCCUCACAGUGUGUCAAGGGUCAGAAAGGGGAAAAGGGGGAUGGUUUUGGGCUCGGAGGUCUGAAAUUAAGGCAAAGCCCCGGACAGUUUGAUCCGUUCAUAUCAUCCAAAGGAGAAAGGGGAGAGAAGGGAUCUCCUGGAACAGACGGUAUCCCCGGGUUGCCUGGACGGCCAGGACGGACUGGACCUCCAGGUUCAGCUGGUCUGCGGGGACUUCCAGGUAUUCCAGGUGAAAUGGGUCCGCCUGGUGUCCCUGGUCUAAAAGGACAGAGGGGGGAGAGAGGAGAGCCUGGCUACGUUAUAGCUGGCACAGAUUCCAAUUUUGUACCCGGAAGAAAAGGAGAACCUGGAUCCUCAGGCCCGCAGGGAUCACCUGGGGUGCCGGGGGCAAAUGGAUCCCCUGGCCUCCCGGGCCAGACAGGUCCUCAAGGACCACCAGGAAUAUCUGUGAAGGGAGAUCCUGGAGAGCCGGGGGCCAAAGGUUUACGGGGGAAGCAAGGCAUGAAAGGAGACAAAGGAGAGCCGGGAAGAGAUGGUAUUGCAGGUCUUCCUGGUCCCAUUGGAAUAGAUGGCAUACCAGGAUUACCAGGUCAGAAGGGAGAAAAGGGUACAGAUGGAGUCGGCAUACAAGGGGUUCAAGGAGAGAAAGGAGAGAAAGGAGAGAAGGGAAACAUUGGCUUAACAGGAGCAGACGGACCGAAGGGUGACCGUGGAGACCAGGGUAUCCAAGGACUAGGUGGAACCCGGGGGAAAAAAGGAUUGAAAGGAGAGAAAGGGGACAAGGGAGAGCAAGGAGAAAAGGGACCAGAUGGACCACAAGGACCUCAGGGACUGACUGGGCCUAUUGGGUUGAAAGGAGAUGAAGGUCCAAGAGGAGUCCCUGGAGAUCCUGCCAAGGGGAUAAUUGGCCCUACUGGAAAAAAGGGUGCCAGGGGAGAUAUCGGCCCGGUUGGCCCCACGGGCCCUCAGGGAAUCAAAGGGGAUCGAGGAGAUAAAGGAGAGAAGGGAAGUCCUGGUUUUGGGAUUCCAGGUCUGCCAGGCCCAAAGGGGGUAAAUGGUGAGAGGGGAAAUGUUGGUCUAUCAGGAAAACCAGGACCAAAGGGCAAAGAUGGGGCUAAAGGGGAAAGGGGGAGUGUUGGCUUACCUGGAAAUAAUGGAGAUCCAGGAUUAAGAGGUAAAGAUGGAGCACCUGGAGCCAAGGGAGAACCAGGGAUGAAGGGUGAACCAGGGUUAACUGGAGAGCCGGGUGAAAGAGGAAUAAGGGGUCCUCUGGGACUACCAGGGCGACCAGGUGACCCUGGAGAGAAAGGCGAACCUGGUCUUUCUGGUACUGAUGGAAAGAAAGGUGAUAAAGGAGAGACGGGGAAACCUGGACCUCCGGGAACACAAAUUAUUGCAGACAACAACAUACUCACCAGUGUCAUUAAGGGUGACUCUGGAGAACCGGGUCAGCCUGGGUUGAGAGGAGAACCAGGUCUACCUGGGCCAAGGGGUCCAGAAGGGAAACCUGGAUUACCGGGACAAUCACAGGGUUCUGGAAAAGAUGGACUCGACGGCGUUCCAGGAAAACCGGGAAUAAAGGGUGACAAAGGGCACAAAGGAGAACCUGGUCCAAGAGGAGAAAAGGGAGACCAAGGGAUUGCUGGAAUGCCUGGACUACCAGGAACUCCGGGGAGACCGGGCACUGAUGGAAAGAGAGGCCCGCCUGGGAAAGACGGAGAAAAGGGACUCAAAGGAGAGGAUGGAGAAAAGGGAGACAAAGGAGAUCCCGGGUUCAAUGGGAAAGAUGGAAGCAAAGGGGAGCCAGGGCCUCCAGGUUUGCCUGGUAGGCAGGUGCUUGUCACCCCCGAGGGCGCCACAGUUGAUGAAAUCCGGCAGGCCUUUCCAAUCCCGAUGGGUCCACCAGGAGCUACUGGUGCGCCGGGUAUGAAGGGUGAUAAAGGAGAACAAGGCCUGAAAGGGGAUAAGGGUGAUGCUGGAGCUCCUGGAAAGUCUCUGGAGAUGAAGGACAUCGAAAGAAUGUUUGAAAACUAUGGAAUAAGGCUACCUCUGUUGAAGACUUUGAUUGACAGACUGCUGCAGGAGGGUAUAGAGGAGCUGCUUCAUGUGCUCAGCACCUCCAAGAAAAAAGAAAAAACAGACACUCAAACCUCCAAUGUCAUCGCUGAGUACACCAGUUCUUUGAAAUUCGACCUCACCAGCCAGCCUCUGUCAGAAUUGGACGUUGAGGACAGAGAUUUUGAGGGCCCACUUCGUGAUUCUUUGUCGGCUAAUCCGUUGCCUGAAACACUGGAGGGUCCGACGUUAUGGACCAUGACUACAGUAGACGGAGAGAAGAAACUCAACCGUACUGAGACCAAAUUAAAAGGAUCCAAGGGGACAGGGGAAGAAGACUUGGAUGUGGACAAAGUGCCUUCACUCAAAUUGAAUCAGACUCUGGUCAAUUCUACUUUGAACUAUACCAAUGUUCAGGAGACAGUCUCAGGGUUGCCUGAAACUGUGCUGGAGACUGUUCUCCUCACUCAGAACGACCCACUGAAGAAGAACUCUUCACCCAAGAAGAAGAACAGGGAACAUGGGAAAGGCAAAGGAAAUAAAGGACGACAUAAGAGGCAGAGACAACGCCUGAUGAGUAAUGAGUAUGAGCAAGAAAAAGAAGAAGACACAGAGGAGUUUUAUGAUGGUGAAGAAUACAGUUAUGAAUACGAGGAAGAACUUUUCACAGAUGAACCCACAGUUUCUCCAGAGAGGACAGAGAAGAGAGAGGAGGAACAGUUAUAUACACAAAGUCCUGACCAGUUUAAAACUUCCAGUCGUCCUCUAGCCACAGACAGAGAAACAAAAGCACAGAUUAUGACAACAGCACCUCCUUCUCCAGCUGUGGAUAAUGUAGAUAAGGAUGGGGUGACACUGCCUAGUCCUCCAGUAGCAACAGCAGCACCAGAUGAGGCACCUGCACCUCAAGCCAGGGCGAAAAGAGAUACCUUUUGGCAUGACUCAAUGGUGUUUAUGCCAGGUACUCCAGGUGGAAGAAAUCGGAUUAAGGAAAUUCAAAAACAUCUGUCCUCUGGAGCUCGGGGUUACAACAGCUGGGGAAGACCAAAGCUCAAUGAUUUCAGUGCUCAAGCACAUGCCAGUAGGGAGAGACCAGAAAGAGAAGAGAGACAGAUAUACAUUGAUGCGAACAGAGAGAUACUGGUUGGUGCUGACAAUCUGACUGAAGGAAUAUUGGUAGCAGAACCAAGUGGACAGCCAGAAACGGACCCUGAUCCAGUCUACGAGGAGGAGGAGGAGGAGGAGAGGAGUGGCGACUAUGACUGGGAAGAAGAUGUAGAUCGGGAGAGGGAAAACGAGGAGGAAGAGGAAUUGGAGAGGCAGAGAGAGAGGGAAAGGCAGGAAAUGGAGAGGGAAAGAGAGGAGCUGGAGAAGGAGAGGGAGGCUGAACAUGAGAUGGAGAGAGGGGAAGAGGUGGAAGAGGAGAGGACAGAGCAGGAAGUAGAGAGAGACUUGGAGAGGGAGGAGUGGGAAAGGCAGAGGGCAGAGAUGGAGAGGGAGAGGGGCUACAGUGAAGAAACUGGACAGCCAUACCCUUAUCCUCCUCAGUACUUUUUUCUAAAGGGGCAGCCAGGGGAGAACGGAAAUCCGGGACCAAAGGGUGAAAUUGGUGAAAAGGGACAAAAGGGUGAGCCAGGCAUUGGCCAUAGAGGACCAGAGGGUCAAGCUGGUCCUCCAGGACAAAAGGGUGAGCCCGGGGAACCGGGACCUCCGGGUGCCCAGGGCAUCCAAGGUAUUCGUGGAAAUGCAGGAAUCCAGGGUUCUCCGGGACUUAAGGGUCCUCCUGGGGAUCCAGGAGAGCCGGGCAGAGAUGGCGAACGGGGUAAAAGAGGAAAGAAUGGAUCAUCUGGACCCCCAGGACCAAGAGGUGCACCAGGACCUGACGGUCUUCCUGGAUUACCUGGUGCCAAAGGAGAAAAGGGUGACGGUACCCCUGGUCCUCCUGGAGCGAGAGGGUUGCCCGGUCCACCAGGGAGACAGGGUGAAAAGGGCACUCCGGGGGUCAAAGGAAUUCUUGGUCAUAUUGGUCCAAAAGGCUUGCGUGGCACCAAAGGAGAAAAGGGAGAUCGUGGGUUGCCUGGAGUCAGAGGAGAAAGGGGCAGUGUGCUUCAGAUUCAAGGACCUCGCGGUUUCAAGGGUACCAAAGGAGAUGCGGGGGAGAGAGGCCUGCCAGGUUUUGAUGGGGAUAAAGGAGAGAAGGGUGAGGAUGGCCCUCCAGGAGUAAAGGGCCUUAAAGGGGAUGCCGGCACUAAAGGUGCAAUGGGACGUUUCGGAGCGCGAGGACCAGUGGGCCAGAAAGGGGAACCCGGAGAGCCAGGGCUAAAUGGCGUAAUGGGGCGCAAUGGAGAGCAUGGAAAGGAUGGGGCCAAAGGGGACAAAGGAGACGUUGGACUUCAAGGGAUGAGGGGCAAUCAGGGAGAUCCAGGAGAACCUGGUCUACCAGGAGAAAUGGGAGAAAAGGGAGAAAAGGGUUUCAGAGGUUUUCCUGGACGCGUUGGUAAUCCUGGCCUAGAUGGUGACAAGGGAGAUCCAGGGUUACCUGGCAGUGCGGGUUUACCAGGACUUAAUGGACUCACAGGACGCAAGGGUGAUAAAGGACAGGGAGGGACCAAUGGUGUUGACGGUGAUCCAGGAGAGAAAGGGGAUAAGGGUACCGCAGGUUUCCCAGGAUUUCCAGGCUUCAAGGGGUCAGCUGGAAGUCCAGGAAGAGAUGGAGAUGAAGGACCACCAGGACCCCCAGGGCCUCGUGGGGAUACAGGGCCAAAGGGUGAGAGGGGCAGGAGAGGCAAAUCGAAGCCAUGUCAGAGGGGGGCACCAGGAACACAAGGACUACGAGGACAAACUGGUACAGAAGGCAUGGAAGGAGCAAAAGGUGACAAAGGAGAGCCGGGACUAUCGGCUGAAGAGGUGAAGGUGCUAGUCUCCCAGGAGGUGGUAGAACAGUGUGGGCUGGAAUACAAGUUCAUGGUGAAGUCUGUGGAUCCAGAUGCAUCUCAUGUGGCAACUGGGAGAAAAACUACCAGAGGGCUAAAUGACUUAGCCUUCUCUACUACUAUUACCGAACGUCAUGAAGAGGUGGCCGAGCAUGACAUCCAGAAAGGAAAAUAUAACACCGACAUGAAUCCUGAAGAAGCCAGCAUCUCACUGAACCACACUGGUUCUCAUGAGGCAUGGGCUGUGAAGUCGAGAGCGAGGAAGAGAAGAAGGGUAUCUAGUACUGAAGAUGCUGUGACGUACCGCUGCUUGCUGCCACUGUCAGAGGGAGCGUGUUCGGACUACGCUUUGGUCUGGUAUUUCCACGGCCAGUCAGGGGAAUGCAGGCCGUUUGUAUACGGCGGCUGUGGCGGCAACCAAAACCGAUUCACAUCUAGACAGGAGUGCGAGAGCCUGUGUGGGACGAAGGGUAGAUCUGCGGUAACUCAGUCGGAUCGGAUGGAGGAUCUACCUUCAGACAGCUGAUGCAGGGAUGAAGAUUCAGCUCUGACAAGGUGUCGGUCCAUUAAUGCGGUGUUACUGUAGAUUUUGUUUUUGUUUUCUGUAUUUCUUUUAUUUAUAGUUCUUGUGAUAGCAGUUGUUUCUCAACUUUAACCUGUGGACAGAACUAAGGCCUUUUAAAUGUGAGCAACAGUAUGUUAAAGUCUGUACUUUUAUGGGUGAAACUGACUGACAUCGAUUGAGCUUUUCGACGUGAUUCUAAUUAAUGCUACUGAGAAAAUAAAAGAAUGCUGUCAUGUUUGUGAUUUUCCUA